AUGGCACCACAUGUAGAUCCAGCCAUCCUCGAAGCCCUCCAGCUUGAUCCUGAACAGACCAAAAUCGCGUCUCAUGGCGGCUCCGGAUUCGCAUCAUCUUUCAAACUCACCUCUGUCAUCGAUGGUCAGCCCACCAACUUCUUCGUCAAGACGGGCUCUGGGAAAGACGCCGAAGUCAUGUUUAGAGGCGAACAUGAAUCGCUAAACGCAAUCCACAACGCCGUGCCGAAUUUCUGCCCAAAGUCGCACGCCCACGGGCGAUACCAAUCAUCCCCGGGCACAUACUUCCUCGUCACAGAUUUCUUGGAUCUGGGAUCCUCGGCCCCGGGCGGAUCGGGCAUGUCGCUGGCCGCGAAGCUCGCCAAGAUGCACACGACCCCGGCGCCCGUCCCGAAGGGAUUCGACAGGCCCAUGUACGGCUUUCCUGUGAGCACAUGCUGCGGCUCGACGCCACAGGAGAACGCGUGGAAGGAGACGUGGGCCGAGUUCUAUGCCGAGAACCGGCUGCGCGGCGUUUUGCGCGCAGGGAUCAGGAGGAACGGCGCAGACGGAGAGUUGUCGGAGGUCGUGGAGACCGUUGCGAGCCGGGUUGUUCCGCGGUUGAUCGGCGAGGACCGCAUCAAGGGGAUCAAGCCGGUGGUGAUCCACGGGGAUCUAUGGAGCGGAAACCACGGCCGUGGCCAGAUUGCGGGUAAGGGCGGCGCGGAGGAGGUUGUCUACGAUUCGUCGGCCGUGUAUGGGCAUGCCGAGUACGAACUGGGCAUCAUGAAGAUGUUUGGCGGCUUUGGGAGUAGUUUCUGGAACGAAUAUAAUGAACUGGUGUCGAAGGCGGAGCCAGUUGAAGAGUGGGAUGAUCGAGUUGCACUUUACGAGUUAUAUCACCACCUCAACCACUAUGCGUUAUUUGGUGGAGGAUACCGCGGAGGCGCCAUGGGGAUCAUGAAGAAGCUGAUUUCAAAGUAUGGCUGA